AUGACGGCGAUCUACAUCAAGAAUCGCCUACCAUCGCCCAAGUGCCAAGAUCAAACCCCGUUCGAGAUCGUCAACGGAUUUCGACCAAGUGUGAAGCACAUGCGGGUUUUCGGCUGCCGAACGUUUGUGCUGACCCCUAAGGAAAAGAGAUCGAAAUGGGAUCCAAAGGCUCGUGAAGGACGAUUCAUGGGGUACGAAGAAGUGUCAAAGGCAUAUCGCGUUUACGACAUUGAAGCGGAUCAAGUGGUGAUAUCUCGCGAUGUCACAUUCGACGAACCAACGUUUGGUUUCUCGCCGACGCUACCACAAGAAAUUGUUGAUGACACUGCGCUGGAUGUCGAAUCGAUGAACAUUAGCGAUGAGCCUCACCCUAUGGAGUUCAAGCAAAUUGGAAAACGCAAAAGCCGUUCAAACAGCCAAGAACAAGCUCUACAACGGACACUUCCUGAGCGUCGUGGAACCGGGUUCGAAGAAGCAAGUGCACCGGAUGACUUUGAAACGCACCAAGCGAAGCGACGGUAA